AUGCCCUCGCACUUUGACACUCUGCAGCUCCACGCCGGCCAGGAGGUCGACCCCGCCACCAACGCCCGAGCGGUGCCCAUCUACGCCACCACGUCGUACAACUUCAACUCGUCGGAACAUGGCGCCAAGCUGUUUGGGCUCCAGGAGUUUGGCAACAUUUACUCGCGAAUCAUGAACCCUACCAACGACGUGCUUGAGAAGCGAAUUGCGGCUCUCGAGGGCGGCAAAUCCGCCAUUGCGGUCUCCUCCGGCCAGUCGGCGUCGUUCCUCGCGCUCACCGCCCUGGCCCAGACCGGAGACAACAUUGUCGCCUCCUCCUGUCUCUACGGAGGUACCUACAACCAGCUCAAGGUGAUUUUCAAGACCUACGGCAUCAACGUCAAGUUUGUGGAGGGAGACGACCCCAAGGCGUUCGCUGCAGCCAUCGACGACAAGACCAAGGCUCUGUAUGUCGAGUCCAUCGGCAACCCCCGUUACAACGUGCCCGACCUUAAGGCCCUGUCCGACCUCGCUCACAAGAACAACAUCCCCCUGGUGGUGGACAACACCUUUGGAGCCGGUGGAUACCUCGUUGCCCCCAUUGAGCACGGCGCCGACAUUGUCGUGCACUCUGCCACCAAGUGGAUCGGAGGCCACGGCACCACCGUUGCUGGUCUCAUUGUCGAUGGCGGCAACUUUGACUGGAUCAAGUCCGGCAAGUUCCCCCAGCUCACCGAGCCUUCCGAGGGCUACCACGGAAUGAAGUUUGCCGAGACCUUUGGCAACGAGCUGGCCUACGCUCUGUACGUGCGAACCGUGCUGCUGCGAGACAUUGGCCCUUGUCUCAACCCCUUUGGCGCCUUCCAGAUCAUCCAGGGUCUCGAGACGCUGUCUCUUCGAGUCGACCGACACUGCGAAAACGCCCUCAAGCUCGCAAAGUGGCUCGAGAAGAACGAACACAUUGCUUGGGUCUCCUACCCGGGUCUUGAGUCGCACCCCUACCACGAGCACGCCAAGAAGGUGCUCAAGCGGGGCUACGGCGCCGUGCUGUCGAUCGGUGUCAAGGACGACAAGGGUGCUGCUGUCGUCGACUCUCUGAAGCUGGCCUCCAACCUCGCCAACGUCGGAGACGCCAAGACUCUCGUCAUCGCCCCUUACUUCACCACUCACCAGCAGCUGUCGGAGGAGGAGAAGAAGAGCGCUGGCGUGUCCAAGGAUCUCAUCCGGGUUGCUGUCGGUAUCGAGUUUAUCGACGAUAUCAUUGCUGACUUUGAGCAGGCUUUCAAGGCGGUGUACUAG